GGAAUGUGAUAUGUUGUGAAUCUAUUGAUCUAUAAGUUUCUUUGGAUGUUUAAUGCUCUUCUUGCUUGUUCUUGACAUGCAGACCUCGCCUCUUAAUGUGUCACUCUCUUUGUAUUUUACUUUAUUUCACCACUCUACUGUGAGUCACUCCUACUCUCUCCAUUUGGACCAGUCUCUGGCUUUCCCCUCUCUCAACCCCCCACCACUCCCCAACUUUUACUUCCAACUCCUCUCUCACUUCCCUCUUCUUCUGCGAGUUAGCCUGGCGGGCUCCUCCUCUACCUCAUAAGGGAUAAUAGUGGUUGCAAAGUGAAUCUGAACUUGCAGCCAGCGCUGAGUGGUGGGCGAGGACAUCUGUUUGAGAGGAGCUCUGCACAGACAUUUAUCUGGGGCUUGCAGGGAAGUUAGAUUUGAGAAGUCUUAAAUGAUAAAUCCCUCCGAAUUUUAGGACUGCAAGAUGAUGGGACUCAUCAUCACACACCUGCUCUGUCUGCUGUGUCUCUGCUUGGCUCAUCCUCAGCCAGUGAGGAUACCUGGCAACAUGGAUGUAACUGGCUCUCUGGGCAGCAAGGUGGUGUUGCCUUGCAACCUCCCCACGAUGCCAGCUUCUCCCAGCGGUCCCUCUGCCACCUCCACACAGGGACCCCUUCCUGACGAGAAGGUCAGAGUCCAGUGGAUGAAGCUGGAGAAGGAUACGCCUGUACUGGUGGCCCACGGCGGGCAGAUUAGGGUGUGGAGUGAGUUCAUAGGUAGAGUGUCUGUGCCCCCACUGUCACUGGGGGACGCCUCACUGACCAUCACGAAGCUCCGGGUGAGAGACGCAGGACCAUACCUCUGCAAGGUGACGCAAGGACUGGAGGAAAAGCAGAACAUUGUCCACCUAAGCGUCUCUGGCGUGGUGUUUCACUACCGAGCCAACUCCAGCCGCUACUCUCUGGACUUCAAAAAAGCGACGGAGGCUUGUCUGUCUGUGAACGCCUCCAUGGCCACAGCUGACCAGCUGACUGCUGCCUUCCAGGACGGCUUCGAUCAGUGCGACGCAGGAUGGCUCGCUGACUACACUGUCCGGUAUCCGAUCACACAGCCUCGUCCUGGCUGUGAAGGUGACCUUCUGCACCGCCCGGGUGUGAGGACAUACGGCCGCCGCGACCCCUCAGAGAGAUACGAUGUGUACUGCUUCGUAGACGAGCUGCAGGGUGAAGUCUUCUAUCCAUCCUCCGUCACCGAGAAGAUCACCUGGCAAGAGGCGAAGGCGGAGUGUGAGAAGCAUGACGCUGUGUUGGCGUCCCCGGGUCAGCUGUUUGCAGCCUGGAGGGCGGGGCUUAGCCGCUGCGACUACAGCUGGCUGUCUGACGGUAGCGUCCGGUACCCCAUGAACAUCCCCCUGCCUCAGUGUGGAGGCGGCCUGCUGGGGGUCCGGACCCUCUACAAGUACACCAACCAAACCGGCUUCCCAGACCCCUCCGACAAGCACGGAGCAUUCUGCUAUAAAGCUAAGCUACCAGAACCAACUGUCAGCUCUCAGACGAGUCCAGCUGCAUCCCAGCCCGACUCCUCCGCCUCCGGUUUGCACGUUCUAACAUCCACUCACCCAGACAGAUCUGAACUUGGAGGCAGAACGCCAGAGCCUGGCACAGCGAGCCCGCUGUUGGUCACCUCACCUCACAUCAGAGACAUGUCCACUCCUUCCGCCACCUUGGACGACUUCGAUAUUCAAGAUUUUAUGCAACCUGGCCAGCUGGAGUCAGUGCCAAUUAGAGGGGACGUUUUGCCUAACCAGCUGCCUCCUUUACCCACCUCCCACAAUCAGGUUUCACUACUGGACACCCCCCAGCCGGAUGGCAGUGGGGAGCCAGUCCGGGCUGAUCUUGGCUCCACUUUGGGUGUGGGAGGAGAAGUUAAACCAGAAAACAUCCUGACGUCAAGCCUGGCUGGAGAAUUCACCACCUCAUCGCCCAAAGCCGUCCCAUCAAAGCCAAGUCCCCUGCUCAUCGAGCCAGAAGUGGGUCAGCAGCCUGCGGUGGUGUUCAAAGAUGAGGUCCGCCAGGGGCCAACGACGGCGAUGGAGCUGAAACCAAACAGGGAGCCGUUUUUAAGUGGAGACUCAUCAGACAAACCGCUCCACAUCCUCGUCGUCAAUGUGCUAAGGGGAAAUCAGUCAGGGAACGAUCAGGAAGACCAGUCAGCUGCAGUGAGUCGAGUCUUGGAUUUCCUGAACAAGCCAUCAAACGGCUCCCAUCCUCUAUUGCCACAAAUCUCCGGACUCACUCAGGUAUCCAGUGAGGCUGUCCUGAACAAUGAAGACUCUGAACUCCUGCCUGAGACGAUCCGGUUUGUCAACGGAAAACAUGAGGUGUCAUUCAGCCCACAACCUCCAGAAGAAGCCCGAGGGGAUCAGUUUGAGACUGCGUCUCCCGUUUAUGUUGUGGAGGUGGACAUGGGGGACAAAGACGAUCUAAGUGUGCAUCCUUUAGACCACAGUGUCUUACAGAGUCACACAGACAAGACCCUCGAUGAGACCACUCCUCCAACAGAUACAGACCAACAGGGUGUUACUGUUCCAGUCCUUGAUGACAAGCUAACCCCCAAAGUCUUCCUAGACCCACAGACUACUUCAUCUCAAGGGCCAGAAAAAGCAGCAGCCACCACCACCACAUCUUCAUCUACAGUCUCAUCAAUAAAAUCUACAACACUGCCAGGUCCUAUUGUCCAUGAUGUUUCCCAGACCGGCCCAACUCACAUCGACCAUGAAGGCACAGCGGACAAUAAUGCUGAGGCUUUGCAAGAACGUUCUGAAGAUGGAAAUGUUCCCACUCUGGCUUCAAUUUUGACUGGUGUGAUGACAGAUGAGGCAGAGAUAGGAGGGAGAGAACCUCCAACUUUUACCCCAGGUAUAAAGUCCCAGAAAAUGUCCACAGAUACCCAGAUAGGCAACUUUGAAGGAUCUGCUUCUGGACAGGAGGAGGCCUCAGGGCAAGAUGAUUAUCUUCCAGAUUUACCCAGCCUCGCCAAGACACCCCCAUCAAUUCACCCCACCCUUCACACUGAGCAGCCUCUACACGCAACAGUCAUAAAAGAAACAGACGGAGUUGCAGAGACUGCCGAAGGAGCUCAAGAAACAGGCUCAGGUGCGGAGCAGAUAUCUGGAGAGGGCGAGGCCUCGGGGGAUCAGGGUGGUCCGGCUGACCUGCCUCCAGGGGUCAGUGCCACUGUUUUACCAGAUGUGGCACCUCUGAUUCCUGGACACCAAAGUACAACAGAAACACAAGACACAUACUCCAAAACCAGCAGGGUUACGCAUUAUUCCGUCACUUUACCAGAUCUCAAGAAACAUUCAGCUGUCACCAACAAGCCUUCACCUCCAACAUCUGAUCAUACUUCAGGUCCAUCCACCACAAGCUCCACACUUAGCAUGUGGGAUGAGCCAACCACUGCAGUUUUUAUACCUGUUGACCAGACAACGCUCUCCACCCCCCAAUGGGCUCUAAUCCAUGAUCCUUCAGCUAAUGCUCUCCCAAAUGAAGAAUCUGUGGAUUAUGACAGUAAAAGCUCCCCUGUUUUGGUGGAGUCCCUCCCGGAGACCCCUGUACAGAGUGGAAUCACAGAGCAGGCAGAGGCCAGGUCUGAUUUAGAGCCUUCUGUGGAGCCCAGCCCUGUGAAUGUUCAAGACCUACUGCCGUGCUCAGUCAAUGUCUGUCUGAAUGGAGGUUCCUGCUUCGAGAAAGGCCCAGUGAACAUCUGCGUCUGUGCACCUGGAUUCAGCGGCCUGCGCUGUGAAACGGAUGUAGAUGAGUGCAACUCUAAUCCGUGUCUGAAUGGAGCCACCUGCUUGGACAGGGUCAACUCCUUCACCUGUCUCUGCCUGCCCAGCUACACAGGACAGCUCUGCGAACAAGACACUGAGGUGUGUGGGAUCGGCUGGGCCAAGUUUCAGUCCCACUGCUACAAAUACUUCAAACAUCGGCGGACGUGGGAUGCUGCGGAGAGGGAGUGUCGUCUGCACGGGGGCCACCUGACCAGCAUCCUGUCACAGGAGGAGCAGAUCUUUGUCAACCGUCUGGGCAGUGACUACCAGUGGAUCGGCCUGAAUGACCGAAUGUUUGAGAGAGACUUCAGGUGGACUGACGGAAAUCCAAUGCAAUAUGACAACUGGAGGCCAAACCAGCCGGACAGCUUCUUCCAGUCUGGGGAGGACUGCGUGGUGAUGAUCUGGCAUGAGGGGGGGCAGUGGAACGACGUGCCCUGCAACUACCACCUGACCUUCACCUGCAAGAAGGGAACAGUGGCCUGCAGCCAGCCGCCUUUAGUGAAGCACGCUGAAGUGUUUGGAGCAAAGAAGCCCCGCUAUGAGAUCAAUUCCCUGGUCAGGUAUCACUGCAAAAAGGGCUUCAUCCAGAGACACACCCCGACCGUCCGCUGCUGCGCCAGCGGCCAGUGGGAAACGCCCAAAAUCACCUGCAUGAGCCCUGCGACCUACCACCACUCAAUGAUUGUUGAGCACUAUGGCAACCAGAGGGAAGAGCAAAUGAGGAACCACGUCCAUCACACCAACAGCCAAGGGAAGGCCAAUCAGAGCCAGGAGCAGGAGCAGAGCUACGGCAUCCUGCAGAGCCUCUGGAGCCCCUUCCAGGCCCGAGUUCAGCAGCUGUUCCGGCAGAAGAAGCACGCGAACCACAGGGAUCACCCCGAUCACUGAAUGGGUUUGAGGAUUUGUUCCAGAAUCGUGAAGGCAACAGAUCAAUGCAGACUGGCCUUGUUGGUCCAGAGGCAUCGAUGGACAGAGGCAGUGUUGUUAGAUCGCCUGUCUAUUGAAGGGUCUCACAAGAACAACAUGUGAGAUGUGCCAACAUGUAUUUUCCAAAAAAACAACAAAAAAACAAACAAAAAAAAAAA